CAACUGUUGGUGCGAGUUGUAUAAAUGCACUGUGGAAUUUUUUACCGUUGAAUUGAAGCUGAGCGUCGUUCGAACUCUUAAGUGAGCCCAAAUUAGUUUUGCACAUUGCGCGUUUUUGUUCAACCAUCACUCUUGUAAAAAAUGAGGGAAAUUGUUCAUCUGCAGGCUGGCCAGUGUGGAAACCAAAUUGGAGCCAAGUUCUGGGAGGUGAUCAGCGACGAGCAUGGAAUCGACCCCACCGGGACCUAUCACGGCGACAGUGACCUCCAGCUGGAGAGGAUCAAUGUCUACUAUAAUGAAGCUACGGGCGGCAAAUAUGUCCCCCGUGCUGUCCUGGUGGAUCUGGAGCCCGGCACGAUGGACUCUGUGAGGUCCGGACCGUUUGGGCAGGUGUUCAGGCCAGACAACUUUGUCUUUGGCCAGAGUGGUGCCGGAAACAACUGGGCAAAGGGCCACUACACUGAGGGAGCAGAGCUGGUAGACUCAGUCCUGGAUGUGGUGAGGAAAGAGGCUGAGAGCUGUGACUGCCUGCAGGGCUUCCAGCUCACCCAUUCCCUGGGCGGGGGUACAGGUUCUGGCAUGGGCACCCUGCUGAUCAGCAAGAUCCGGGAAGAGUACCCCGACCGCAUCAUGAACACGUUCAGCGUGGUGCCCUCUCCCAAAGUGUCAGACACUGUGGUUGAGCCAUACAACGCCACCCUGUCUGUGCACCAGCUGGUAGAAAACACAGAUGAGACCUACUGUAUUGACAAUGAAGCUCUGUACGACAUCUGCUUCCGUACACUCAAGCUCACUACGCCCACCUAUGGAGACCUCAACCACUUGGUCUCUGCCACGAUGAGCGGGGUCACCACCUGCCUGCGCUUCCCAGGGCAGCUCAACGCAGACCUGCGCAAGCUUGCCGUCAACAUGGUUCCAUUCCCCCGUCUCCAUUUCUUCAUGCCUGGGUUUGCACCCCUCACCAGCAGGGGGAGCCAGCAGUACAGAGCCCUGACCGUUCCAGAGCUCACUCAGCAGAUGUUUGAUGCCAAGAACAUGAUGGCCGCCUGUGACCCGCGUCAUGGCCGCUAUCUCACGGUGGCUGCUGUUUUCCGUGGCCGUAUGUCCAUGAAGGAGGUCGAUGAGCAGAUGUUGAACGUGCAGAACAAGAACAGCAGCUACUUUGUGGAGUGGAUCCCCAACAACGUCAAAACGGCCGUGUGCGACAUCCCACCCCGUGGCCUCAAGAUGGCCGCCACUUUCAUUGGAAACAGCACCGCCAUCCAGGAGCUGUUUAAGCGCAUCUCUGAGCAGUUCACCGCCAUGUUCAGGCGCAAGGCCUUCCUUCACUGGUACACUGGUGAGGGCAUGGAUGAGAUGGAGUUCACGGAGGCAGAGAGCAACAUGAAUGACCUGGUGUCUGAGUACCAGCAGUACCAGGACGCCACCGCAGAAGAGGAGGGCGAGUUUGAGGAGGAGGGGGAAGAGGAGCUGGCUUAAACUAUGUGCUGCUCAAAGUCACAUGUGUUUUGAAAAACUUUCUAGUUUGUCUCUGCUGUUUUCAUUAUGUGUUCCUCAUGUUUCCUUUUUCUGUCAGUGUUUUUUCCUUGUUUCGGUGGCAUUUAUAAGUUAUAGAAAUUUCAAAUUGAUGCAGAAUGGCUUAAACUAUGCACUACUUAAUGUCACAUGCAUUUUGAUAAGCUUUCUAAUUUCUCUGCUGUUUUGUCUCUGUGAUCCUCAUGUUUCCUUUUUCUGUCAGUGCUUUUUUCCUUGUUUCAGUGGUAGAAAUUUUUUGGUUUCUUAUUGAUGCAGUCUUUAAAUAAAAAGUAGCUUUUUAUUUAAA